AUGUUCAAAUACGUGCUCGUCAUUGUUCUUCUCGUGGCCCUUAUCGAGGCAAAGAAGAAACAUCCGAAGUCGAGCUCAUCGGAAGAUCGACCUUGCCUCGGAGAACGUGGAUGUCCUCGUGGAUGGUCGUUUGUGCAGGAGACUGGUAGCUGUUACAAGGUGGUCGUCAACAUGAACGCCUUCGAUUUGUGCAUUUCGAUGAACUCCGAGUUGGUGGCGAGUCACGAUGAUGUGGCCUUGUGCAAGAUGAGCAUCGAGACGGCCACUGGCUUCCCCAUCCAACCAACCAUCACAUUC